AUGAGCGGUUAUGAUAGAGCGUUGUCAAUUUUUUCCCCAGAUGGACAUAUUUUUCAAGUAGAAUAUGCGUCAGAAGCAGUUAAGAGAGGUACAUGUUGUGUUGGUAUCAAAGGUGCCAAUUGCGUUGUAUUAGGUUGCGAAAGAAGAUCCACUUUGAAACUACAAGACCCUCGUAUUACACCUAGUAAAAUAUCUAAGAUCGAUGAUUUGGUGGUGCUAUCUUUUUCAGGGCUAAAUGCAGAUAGCAGAAUUCUAAUUGAAAAGGCAAGAGUAGAAGCUCAAUCACACAAAUUGACUUUGGAAGAUCCCGUUUCCAUAGAAUAUCUAACUAGAUAUGUGGCCAAUGUUCAACAAAAGUAUACACAAUCUGGGGGUGUUAGACCUUUUGGUGUUAGUACAUUUAUUGCUGGAUUUGAUCAUAAAAAUAGUACUAAUGGGCCUAAAUUAUUCAAGACUGAACCCAGCGGGAUCUAUAGUGAGUGGGUGGCACAUUCUAUUGGUAGAAAUUCUAAGACUGUUUGCGAGUUUUUGGAAAAAACUUAUGAUAAGUCAAACCCACCACAAAGUGUCGAGGAAAGUGUUAAGUUGACGGUUAAGAGCUUGUUGGAAGUUGUGCAAGCUGGUGCGAAAAAUAUUGAAAUAUGCGUUGUUAGUGAUGACGACAAAGGAAUACAAAUUUUAGAUAACGAUGAAAUCGAUAAAUAUGUUCAGGAGAUUGAGUCAGAAAAGGAACAGGAAAGAGAAGAAAAAAGGAAAAAAGAAACUUAA